ACCAAACAAGCCGUAAAGUAAAGAACUUUCUUCCUUAAGUAGUAGGGUAACCCUGGGAAAGUGGGAAUUGAAUUUGAUUGAUUGUAUAACUCCAUAAUCCAGGUAGGGAUGACAAAAAUAUCCGUAACCGUGGAUAUCCACUCGAAUUUGAUCUAAUCGGGUAGGGUAAAACCCGAAUCCGAAGUAUUUUUCGUGGGUACGGGUAAAACCCGAACCCGAAUAUUGCGGGUAAUAGGUGGACAUGGUUAUUUCACUAUCCAACCCGAACCCGCCCGAUUAUACACAUGCAUAUGUAUCUUGUCUAGACUAAAUCAUUAUGUUUCUUUAGAAUAUUUUAUAUUUAGCAUAUAAAUAUAAUACUUUCAUGAAAUUAUGUUGUUUUAAUUAAUUUUCGUCAUUCUAGUGAAUUGUUGUCGUACUUUUCCUCUUACCUAAAUUGAGUAUACGUGUGAAUGUUAACAUAUUGGUUGGAAUUAUAAGGAGAAAUUAUUACCCAUGGAUAACCGUGGAUACCCGAAACCCGAAUGGGUAUGUGCAUAGUUUUUAUUUUCUACCUGUUUCUUGUGUGGGUACGGGUAUGGGUAAAACCCGAACUACAUUGGGUAAGGUAACGGAUAUGCACUAUCCGCCCCCGACCCGACCCAUUGCCAUCCCUAAAUCCUGGUAGUCAUUUAAUGAGAGACCCACGAACGGCGCCGUCUUCAGGAUGUUGGUUUCUUUCUUUUUCUGCUUCAGUUGCCGAGUCGCUAUCCUUUCGUCUCCUUCUUCUUGUAUACCCAAAUAAAGUUAAGAGCUUUGCUGCGCUGUUCAUCUCAAGUUUCAGGCUUUUGCUUUUUUGUCUGCUUCUGCUGCUGAAAGAAACGGCAUCUGAUGCAAAACUAAGACCGAAACUUCUACUCGGGUUACUAUUCUAGGCUUCUUUUCGUAUUCUUCUCGCUUCUCUUUUCGAUGACCAACCGCUAGGCUAGAUCUCUUAAAAAAGCUCACUGGUUCGUUUGUUUUCUAUAUACUGAUUUCCUGCCGUGGCCACUUCUUGAACUCAUGAGUUGGGUAUUAAUGAAGUGUUUAGUAAGUUGGUAGUGUUAAAAAGCUGGUGCAUUUUCAAGGGAAGUUCAGAUCUAGCCGUUUCCUAACUCUGCUGGGGCUUACAUGCAGGAUCUCUCUUCUACUUUCUUAGUCUUUUGGUGACCUGGUUUCUUCUGCAAGUCUGGAGUCGUGUUUGCAGUCAUUGACCUCAAUUUGAAGGAAAGGUAAAUGUGGGUUGCUGCAAUUGAAUUCUUUUGUGGAUAGUUUUGGUUUUGGUGGGUCUAGGGUUCUGUAUGUGGUUCAUGUAGCUGCUGUUGGCAGUUGGUGGCAUCUUUAUAUGGCGAGAACCGAAGUUUGGCAUCUCUCUAAUCAGCAGUUUAUGCCAAUAUGUCAGCAUGUCUGAGUUUUUCGAUGUGAUGAUUUUGCAGAGAUUAGACUCCUGGAGUUGGCUCAUUCACCCUUUUGGCAAUGGGGAAAUCUCCAGGGAAGUGGUUGAAGUCCUUAAUUCGUGGGAAGAAGUCAUCAAAAUCUAGCCUUUCGAAAGAAAAGGAAGUUUUGAAACCAAAUAACGGAGAGGCAUUCGUUCCCUCGAAAGCACCUUUAACAGAUUUCACGGGAAAUCCUCCAACAGACACAGUUACACAAUCAGUUCCGGGAGUUGGAGAUGGGAGUGGAGUGAGUUCAGAAGGUGCUGCAAUUGCCGAAUCACGGGAUGAGAAGGUUGCUAUUGUCUGUGAAAAUGAAGUUGAAAAUCGGAGCCCAGCAACUAGUUCGAGUAAAGUUUCUGAGACAGUGAGGCUUGAGCAAACUGGAGUGAUGGCACAGGCAGAUGUUAGCGGCUAUCUGGCCCCCCAUGAAUCCGAAGAACAAGGACAUAUAAUAAGGUUGCAGUCAGUUAUCCGUGGCCAACUGGUUAGAAGGCAAGCUGUUGCUACCUUGAAUUCUGUUUUGGCCAUCAUAAAGUUUCAAGCACUAGUUCGAGGUCAAAAUGUUCGAUGUUCAAGUCUCGGCAUCGAAGUGCAGAAGACGAUCAGCCUUGCGAAACUUCUGGCUUCAAAUGCUGUUCAAGGACAUCCUAAAUGCUCAUUAUUAGGACAGAAGUUUGAGAAUGCCUUUGUUAGGAAGCUUUUAACUUCAACAGCUAGUGCAAUGCCUCUAUUCCUCAAGUAUGCUUCUGGGGAACCCAACUCCGCCAUGACAUGGCUGGAUCGGUGGACAAAGUCAGAAUUCUGGAAACAUAUUUCACAACAGAAGAUCAACCUGGAUUCAAACUCCACAACUAAGCAAGACUGUGUACAAAGAGUUGAAAAUCAACGAGGCAGGCAAAAACAAGCUACCCGGAAGUCAUCUAGUCCUAAUGUUGCCAAUGGCAUACAUGGGAAGAAUUUGGAGUCCAACAAACCAAAACACAACCCUAGAAAGUCCACUAGCCAUAUUGUAGAUGUGGCCAACAACAAGCAUUCAGAAACAGAACCAGUUAAGGUAAAGCACACUUUGAGAAAGGCUUCUGGGUCUGUUACGAAAGCUGUUGAAAGAGUUGAGGAUAGCAAAUCAAAGCUCAGUGCAAAGAAGACUUCUGGUACUUGUGCCAUUGAGGCUUUGCAGCAGCUGGACAGUCAUGUUUCUGCUGGUGUGGCAAGAGAUGUCCCAGUGGCAGUUUCAGGUGAAGAAGCUGAUGUAGCCCCGACUCCAAAACUGAAGACUAGGGAGGAUAUGCCAACUCCAGAGGUGAACGGGGUACUUGCUAAUUUAGAAGAGAAUAAUAAUAUACUGUUGGAUCCACAUGAUGGGCUUGCAGGAAGCGAGAACCUGAAAACAAGCGAAAGAAGAGCGUCAUUGCCAGCCAAUAUUGAGCAGCAGGAGAAUGGUGGGCUUGGGACACCCAAACGUCCAAGUUAUAUGGCACCAACUGAAUCUGCAAGGGCUAAGCUGAGAGCUCAAGGAUCUCCAAUGUUCCCACAAGAUGUAGUAGUGGAGAAGAAUGGCACAGCAACUAGACGACAUUCACUGCCAUCUUCCAUCAAUGAGAAGUGUGCUUCCAUGUCGCCACGAGCUCAUAAUAGACCUGUCCACUCAGCAAGUAAAGGGUUUAUCAGGAGUGAUAGAUCGCUAACCACUUCCAGAGACGGUAGUGUUUCGGACAGGAUGAUUAGACCCGAGUGGAGAAGGUGAUUUGGAAGGAGUUGUGUUCUGCAUGAAUGCUACGAAGGAAAAAGGCGUCAAUUUGAACGUGUUCUGAGGUAGAUGUAAUUAGAUGUUGAUGUGGGAAGCAUUUUGUGUUUUUGUUUGUGAUUAUCAUGUUUAGGGUGAAUAGCUACAAACCUCAGGCCGAUGCUAAAAAAAAAACUGUUUCUAAAUUGUCUUUUGUUGUGACUUGUGAUGCAUGAGAUGUUUUGGACAUACAAACUUAGCAAUUUCAAAAUAAAUGUUAUGUUUGUUGGAAAAGGGCAUCACUUGCCUCCAUAAUGUGCCAUGACUUGAUGCCAAAAGGUGGGUGAGAUGAGAAAACUUGGGGCAAUUGCACUCUUCUUGAAGGGAGAAGACAGAAGAGUGACUCGAACAGAGACCUCAAGGACCAGACGACAAGGUUAUUUGAUGAAACUAAUGUUUGUUCUUUGUUGAGACCUCUCUAGCAUAUGAAUGUCAAAUGACCCCCUAGAGUUCCCUCAAACACUUCAGUAGGGCGAAAGAGUAUAGAGCCUCCAAUGAAGUGGUCAAGGGAACUCUAGUAGACAUUUGACUUCCUGGGUUUGGUUCUGGUUUUUAUGAAUGUCAAAUGGCCCCUAGAGUUCCCCCAAACGCUUCAGUAGGGCAAAAGAGUAUAGAGCCUCCAAUGAAGUGGUCAAGGGAACUCCAGUAGACAUUUGACUGUCUACUAACUUCCUGGGUUUGGUUCUGGUUUCUAUGAAUGUCAAAUGACCCCCUAGAGUUGACUUCCUGGGUUUGGUUCUGGUUUCUAUGAAUGUCAAAUGGCCCCCUAGAGUUCCCCCAAACACUUCAGUAGGGCAAAAGAGUAUAGAGCCCCCAAUGAAGUGGUCAAGGGAACUCCAGUAGACAUUUGACUUCUUGGGUUUGGUUCUGGUUUCUUAUGUUAGGCAGAUAUGAUAGCAUCUAUUUAUACAUGUAUAGGCUGUCUGUAGUAUGGCCUAGUUAUUCACCAACCUACCCUUCUAGGCCUAUAGAGUGACCAACUACCACAAGAGGGUGAAUCUAGAUAGAAUUAUGGGCAGAAUGGAAGUUCGAAAGAGAAUAUGACUCUUGACGAGGGUAGAGUGGAACCAUAUUCCCUUAUAUCUCCAAUUCUUCUUCCCAUAGAGUGGAACCAUAUUCCCUUAUAUCUCCAAUUCUUCUUCCCACAUUUCUGUCCACAUUCAAAACGACCAUUCCUUACCUUCCACAGUCAUCAUUGACAAAAUCUAACAAGCGGUGUAAAAGAUGUAGAUUAUGGGAAACUCUCGAGAUGCAUUGCCCAUCUGACCAUCUCUGUUUCAUUACAAUAGCAAGGUGGUGUGGGAUUUUAUUAAACCUUAUUGGUUUAGUUUUGCCAAAAAGUCUCAAGUCAUCUUCCAAAACAAACAGAAGCAUAAAGUGAGGUUCCGGGAGUCCAGGUAGUGUGGAACUGAUUGGAAACCCCUUGAAUAAUUAUCUAAACCAAAUCAUAAGAUUGAUUUAAUCUACAAAAUAUAUCUAAGACCUAUGAUUUACUUAGGUAAUAGUAUCAUGCCCCAAAAUUUAGUUAAUUCAAUGUCUAGAUAAUAUUUUCUUGCUAAGGGUAUGCCAUACCUUGAAUUUUACUCAAUGAUAGAAUGCACUAUAUGUAUAUAGUGGAUACUUCAGUAUAAUGCACACAACUCUAAAAGUGGUCAUAAUACAUCGAAUUUUAAACUUUAAUUGGUAGCAUUAGUCUAGUAUGAUGAUAUAAUAUAGAAUCACAACUAAUCAAUCCAUUACGCUAAUCCAUUAACCUUCAAUUUUGAAUCUUAACCCAAAAUCCCAAAUUGUUAACCUAAACCCUAACCCUAAAUCCCUCAACCCUGAGUCAUUCAAAUUAAAGUCAAUCUUGAAU